GGGCCUUGAAUCCCGCACAGGUAGGUUUAACGUACACCUGUACUAUUAUGAGACUGAAAAUACGUUUUAAUCACUGCAGACAAGAUACAAUGAGGACUUUACUGAUUUCCACUUUACUGUUUGCUAUGGGCGCAUGUUUACCUGCAAUAACGACUUCGGUGAGUAGCCUGGUUUACUUUUCUCAUUAAUGUCAAUUUCAUUUACUUGUCAUGAAUGUCGAUUUGAGCAGUGGACUUUUCUCGAUCACCUUCUGCUCUGACUGCAGUGAAUGAACCUAGGCUUCGGGAUGAAUAUAUGCAGCUUGAAAUAUGAAAUACACUGUGAUCGAUUGGUCACAUGCGCCCUGAUUACAACAGGUGCAGACUUUACCUUGAAAUGCUUACUUACGAGCCCAUUCCCAACAAUGCAAAGUUAAAAAGUAAGUAUUUACAGUAUGUAUGCCAUUGGAAUUUUAUCAUUAGGCCUAUCACUAAUUAUACCUAAUGAUGAUAAGAGAUCAGGCUGUUUAACUUCAUUUAGAUUUUAUGAUAUGAUAUAGGGGAUCAGCUCUCGGACAGGCUUUCAAGGGGUGGAAUUUGAAUAAGACUUGUGCACCUUUGACCUAGCCUCGUAACAAAGUCUGGACUUGAUCUUAUCGCCGCUCAAUCACAUAAACAAUUUAGGUGAAAAAUGAAAAGAUAAGAUUCCGAUCUGAAAAGUACAUCUGUGUAAUUUCUAUUCUCAAUAUGCAGGAUUACUGUUUCAUCUUAAAAGUGUUCACGUGUGAUGAUACUGUCAUGGAUCAACUGAGUGCACAUCACUCACCGUUAUUGUGAUGAGAUUCAUUACACACGGCUGGAGGAGUAAAAUCGGUGAUGUCACCAUGAUACUGACAGAAUCUUGACCUAAUUCUAUAUUUUUGAAUUACUAAAACAAUGUCACAAGAAACAUAAAAUUAAACGCAUUUUAUUUCCCAAAUGGAUGCCAUCUGUUGGAGAGGUUAUUAGUUCUAGCCACUCAAUGGAUUCUGUCAGACACCUCAUGAACGUUUCUGUUGUGAAUCACACUUCUACCAACCAUUUCCUGAUGGCAGACAAAAGAUCCAAUGUUCUGUUUGUUAUCUCUUACUGGGUUAAUUUGUAGUCUAUUGACACUCACUCACAUUGUAAAAUCCAGCCAAUGCUGUUGUCCCUACAGUCUAUGUAUUGUCCAGUCGGGUGUUUUUAUAGGACAGUGACAGCUUGCCGGCAGUACCUCAUCCUGAGUCAUUACGUAUUGGCCAUGUCGUGAAGGGAUGAAAUGGCCUGUGUUGCAGGUGGGGCACUGGACUUCGGACCUCAUGAUUCACUGCUUGACUCACAGCUCUGUGUUAUUGAGACAAUAUUGUUUUAGCCUUUCCUCUUGCAGUCCUUAAUCUAGUAUGACAUGGUUUCAAAGGGUUACAUGAAAGUUAACCCUGUAAAUACUACAAUUCAGUCGCUAAAUCAUUCAAACUACCAUGAAAAUGUGAUAAAUACUCCUUGUUUUCUGUUUCUGUGACAAUCCUCCUUGCCAGUGAGGUAGAGGGAUUGGUAUAGAGCAGUGAUUGGGAAUCUACUCUGAAAGUAUAGUUUACUACCAAUUACUUCACACUGGAAGAAGUUAAGCUACACUAAAGCUACCUUUAAGAAAAAUGUAGUUUACUAAACUAAAGUUACUAAAGUUCCUUUGAAAAAGUAGUUCACUACUUUCUGAAAACGUAUCAUAUGUAAAUUUGAAAUGUCUGACUACAAAUUGCAAGAACAGAUCACUUUGGUGUCAUAUGUUAACAUAAUGUGGAAUUUAUGAGACUCGAAAUUGAGCUCAGGUGCAUCCUGUUUCAAUUGAUUAUCCUUGAGAUGUUUUUACGACUUGAUUGGAGUCCACCUGAGGUAAAUUCAAGUGAUUGGACAUGAUUUGGAAAGGCACACACCUGUCUAUAUAAGGUCCCACAGUUGACAGUGCAUGUCAGAGCAAAAACCAAGCCAUGAGAUUGAAGGAAUUGUCCGUAGAGCUCAGAGACAGGAUUGUGUUGAGGCACAGAUCUGGGGAAGGGUACCAAAACAUUUCUGCAGCAUAGAAGGUCCCCAAGAACACAGUGGCCUCCAUCAUUCUUAAAUGGAAGAAGUUUGGAACCACCAAGACUCUUUCUAGAGCUGGCCGCCUGGCCAAACUGAGCAAUCGGAUCAGGGAGGUGACCAACGAUCUGAUGGUCACUUUGACAGAAUUCCAGAGUUCCUCUGUGGAGAUGGGAGAACCUUCCAGAAGGACAAUCAGGCCUUUACGGUAGAGUGGCCAGACGGAAGCCACUCCUCAGUAAAAGGCACAUGACAGCCCACUUGGAGUUUGUCAAAAUGCACCUAAAGGACUCAGACCAUGAGAAACAAGAUUCUCUGGUCUGAUGAAACCAAGAUUGAACUCUUUGGCCUGAAUUCCAAGCGUCACGUCUGGAGGAAACCUGGCACCAUCCCUACGGUGAAGCAUGGGACUGGGCGACUAGUCAGGAUCGAGGGAAAGAUGAACGAAGCAAAGUACAGAAAGAUCCUUGAUGAAAACCUGCUCCAGAGUGCUCAGGACCUCAGACUGGGUUGAAGGUUCACCUUCCAAUAGGACAACGACCCUAAGCACACAGCCAAGACAACGCAGGAGUCACUUCGGGACAAGUCUCUGAAUGUCCUUGAGUGGCCCAGCCAGAAACCGGACUUGAACCUGAUCGGACAUCUCUGCAGAAACCUGAAAAUAGCUGUGCAGUGAUGCUCCACAUCCAACCUGACAGAGCUUGAGAGGAUCUGCAGAGAAGAAUGGGAGAAACUCCCCAAAUACAGGUGUGCCAAGCUUGUAGCGUCAUACCCAGGAAGACUCGAGGCUGUAAUCGCUGCCAAAGGUGCUUCAACAAAGUACUGAGUAAAGGGUCUGAAUACUUAUGUAAAUGUGAUGUUUCAGUUGUUUGUUUUAUACAUUUGCAAAAAUGUAUAAAACCUGUUUAAGCUUUGUCAUUAUGGGGUAUUGUGUGUAGAUUGAUGAGGGAAAAUAACAAUUUAAUAAAUUUUUGAAUAAGGCUGUAACGUAACCAAAUGUGGAAAAAGUCAAGGGGUCUGAAUACUUUCCGAAUGCACUGUACACCGUUACAUAGCAAAAGAGUAAAUAACUAAUGAAAACACUACCUAGAUUUGAAUUUAGUUCAACUACCACCAAGCUACUGGAAAAUGUAAUUCAAGUACUAGUUGAACUACAUGUAGUUCACUACUCCCCAACACUGGUAUAGAGGUGACCAGUUAUUGGCUUCUAUAGACACUGGCCUUAUGUUGGAUUUCCACACUGAAGUUGUACGUGUGUUGUUUUUCCCUGUACUCAGUAUUCUAUACCUCCAGAAGACCUGGAUGGAUCGGGACAUGAUCUGGAAAGUUCUGGCUCAGGUUCAGGGGAAUGGGCGGAAGGUAAUCCUGUUCAUUGUGUGUGUCAGGGUGUGUGUGUCAGCAUGUGUGUGUAUCUGUGUGUGUGGACGUGUUUAACUAUACUUGUGGGGACCAGAAGUCCCGACAAGAAUAGUAAACCAAGAAAAAUGUGACCACAAGGUCAAAUGCUAUUUCUAGGGGGUUUAGGGUUAACGUUAGAAUUAGCGUUAGGGUUAGGAGCUAGGUUUAGGGUUAAGGUUAGGUUUUUGGGUUAAGGUUAGAGUAAGGGUACGGGUUAGGGUUAGGGGUUAGGAAAAAUAGGAUUUUGAAUGGGACUGAAUUGUAUGUCCCCACAAGGUUAGCUGCGUGUCUGUCUGUGUCGGUCUGUGUCUGUGGGUUUCACAUUUCUCAGUAAUUAUUUCUGCUUCCACUCCCUUCAGUGUCCAAAGGCUCAGUGAGGUUUACCACAAUCUCAACAUUUACAAUGACAAUGAGUGAAGAUUACUUCCUGUUCAAUGCCAUCGACGAAGAGGAUAAAACCGUCCCAAUUAUAAUGACAGACAACACCAGAAAUAAAAUACCAGUAGGUCAUUUUAGUAAUUUAAGAAUUGAUUCAUCUUUUAAGAAUUGAUUAGUCUUUUAAGAAUUCACUAUGAGCUAAAUAUGUUCUCUCUCGGUAGAGGUGCAAAAAUUGCGACGUGUGAGUAUCCCCUCUUUUUGUGUCUUUAGGAGGACUCAGACCUGACCUUUGACAAAAGGCCUAAGCUAGGAGAUGACAACAACGGAUCAGCCAUUGGCAACGUGGCAAAGAGCGGGAGUAUUCUAGCAAACGAAGCUCUUGCAGGUAAAGUCCGACUUAUUUAGUAUAUUAUUUCCUCCAUAUUUGCUAACAGAUGCGCUGAGGUACUUGUGAUCCAACCUUCUUCUUUGCAGCUAUUAUUGCAGGAGGGGUGGUGGGACUGGCCUUGGCUGCCUCCCUGUUAACACUCAUGGUCUAUAGCAUGAAGAAGAAAGACGAGGGGGGCUACACUGUCAACCAGAAAAACACGUCGAAUGGAGGAUAUCAGAAACCUAAGACCAAGGAGGAGUUUAUCGCGUAACUUCCCCUCAAAUACAAAAUAAUGUCUCAACCCAGCAGAUAUUUUUGAAGAGUUCAUUUUUGAGAGAAAGAAGUUGGUAGGGUUUGGCCAUGAUAAAAUUCACAUCAGGAAAUGUAAACUUCUUGUGUAUUCGAGGUUUAAAAAGGCGGUAACGCUUUACUUGACACCCAGCAUCAUAACACGUUAUAACACGUUUUAGGGUGGCAGGUAGCUUAGUGGGUAAGAGCGUUGUGCCAGGUAACCAAAAGGUCGCUGGUUCUAAUCCCCGAGCCGACUAGGUGAAAAAUCUGUCGAUGUGCCUGCCCUUAAGCAAGGCACUUAACCCUAAUUGCUCAUGUAAGUCGCUCUGGAUAAGAUCGUCUGCUAAAUGACUAAAAUGUAAAAUGUAAAAUAACCAUGUCAUAAUAUGUCAUAACAGCUGACAUAACUU